AUGGCCCGUUCGAAGUCGAAGGCCUAUACGCCAGCCGCAGCUGGGAGACACCUUCCGGUGUCCAGUGGAAACCAGAGUAUUGCAGGCUCUAGCAGGCAUGAGACGACUACCAGCUCGUUGACGGAGAUUCGGUUCCUACCACCGGAAUAUUAUUCGUCGAGGCUCUCAACGGUAGCCCAACACCGAAAGCCAUCUCCCAUUUGGGAUCUGUUUUCCGUGGAAGGCAAACCCGGGAUGCUUUCGAUGCUCGCUGGAAAGCCUCACCCGUCAACUUUCCCUUUUGAGCACAUCACGUUAGGCUUCCGCACUCCCAAUACCCAAAAAAUCACGAAUAUGACUUUGCAAGAAGACGAAUUGGAAACAGCUCUGCAGUAUGGGAUGACCGCUGGCAUACCCGAGCUGGUAGGUUGGGUUGAGGGGAUGAUGAGGACCGUGCACUCGAGGGGGGAGAACGAAGGAUGGAGAGUGAGCAUGGGAGCUGGAAGUCAGGAUUUGCUAUACAAGGCGUUCAACGCGCUUUUGAAUCCGGGUGAUACGAUAUUGGUUGAGGGUCCCACAUAUCCAACAAUUAUGCCUAUCCUGGACGCCAUGAGCUGCCAGUACGCGAUCGUGGACUCGGAUGAGGACGGAAUAUCUACUGUUGACCUGGAGAAGGUUCUCAGCACCUGGGACGAGGAUGUCAAGGGUCCGCUGCCUCGAGUUCUGUACACCGUACCUUUUGGAUCAAAUCCUGGAGGUGUGACAGCAUCCCUUCAGCGACGGAUCGGUGUCUUGCAAUUGGCCCGCCGAUACGAUCUGCUUAUCCUCGAGGACGAUCCUUACUACUUCCUCUAUUACGGCGACGCGCCUCGUCCCCCCUCGUAUUUUACCUUGGACCGCCAGCUCGGAGGAGAAGUAGGGCGCGUUUUGCGAUUCGACAGUUUCAGCAAGAUUUUAUCCUCUGGGUUCCGACUCGGCUGGCUCACCGGACCUGAUCGACUUUUGGUCGCUAUUGAAAGACACCCCAACUCGUUAUCUCAAGUCAUCAUCCUCAAACUCCUCAAGGAAUGGGGAUUGGAGGGCUUCCUCGCCCAUACAUCUCGAACUGCCGACUUCUACAGACAACGGCGUGACACGCUCAACGCUUAUCUGGAAAGACACCUCGCUGAGCUUGCGGAAUGGAAGCCACCGGACGCGUCGAUGUUUUUCUGGAUCAAGCUUCGCCUUCCUUAUCAGAAUCGAGAAGCCGAUUCGACAGCGUUCAUCCGUGACAAGGCCAUCUCAAAGGGUGUUCUCGUGCUCCCAGGUGCAACCGCGUUCCCUGACGGGAGGAAGACAACCCGUGUCCGACUUUCGUUCAGUCUGCUAUCGGACCAAGAAAUGGAGGAGGCUAUCAAGAGGCUUGCGGAGGUUCUGAGGGAGGAACAACCGCAUAGCGUUCUGCCCAGUCCGACCAUCAGCAGGAUGUCUGUCGAGCCGGAACAACUACCGACACCUCCCUCCGAAAUCGACCAACACGCGCUCGGUCCUGGUUCGAAUUCUAGUGCUGGGAAGAAGCGGAAGGGAAGGAAGGUCUGGCUUGACUACGUUAUGUACCCUGUCUAUGCUCAUCGCCGGUGA